GUUCAGCUGUGUCACCUGAAUUCUGACCGGUCUAAAAGUAUUUCAAGGUCGCCCGUGAGUUGUGGUCUUACCUCAGAGGCUCUGGUCGUACAGACCAGCCAGUUUGUAUGUCAUGGCGUUCCUUGUUGGUUCCUCUUCAUCAUGCAAUCGUGAAAAAUUAUAAUCAUCUGAAAGUUACGAGUGCUCGGUCGCAUUACUUAAAGAUCAGCCACCGAAAUGGUCCCAAACAGCUUUUGGUUUGAUGCAUAAGUAGUGAUGACAGCUUUAUCCAGCUUGCUCAAUGUCCAUUCCAAAAUAACAUGGUCAAAGUAUUACUGUACACUCAAAGAAAUCCAAACUGUCUCAUCCUUUAUUUCUCUACAUGGAUAUGUACACUGCCCGUCGUGCGGAAACCACUUAGAUAAUGUUCAGUUCUUAAGACAUAUUUCAGCACAUUUGCUGGUGAAUGAACUCGAACUUGGUUCAUUAAUGUCUUUCAAAUUCUGCACAGAGUGCCUGUCCGUGCCGGAUGGAAUCAGUAUGACCUUACACAAUUGGAUCCAUCGGCAUGUAGAACAACAUACACCCCUCGCACUAAUGGAUGGUUGUUUUGUGUGUCCUAUUUGUGAGAGCAACUUUGUAUCACUUAUAAAAUUUGCUGUACAUUUAUACGAAAGACAUGUGUAUUUAGACUCGCCUUACGUGUGCACAAUAUGUUACGGAUUCAGAUCAUCUUUUUAUUGUGAAUUGAUAUCCCACUUCCAAGAUUGCCACCAUAAAACAAAUCACAUAUUCUGUCCGUAUUGUCUAAAACAUUUCGAAUUGUCUAUUUUGUGGAGUAUAGAUUUAGGACUACAUAUAUUCGAUGCACAGGCGUUUUACACGCACGUCCAGCAACAUUGGGAGCAAACGACAUAUCGAUGUACCUCAUGUCGUCUCGAUUUUAUACAUAAAAAGGAUCUUCAGUGGCACGAGUAUUUACACCAUUCUGGUCAUCCUUUAUCAAGGCCUAGUUACCGAAGUAACGCUUGUGAACAUUCGUCUCAUCUAACCGAAGAUCAACUGUCUCUUUCCUAUUCAAAUCAACUAGUUGCACACACACCACGCACACGACUAAAGUGUUUAGAAUGUGGAGAGCAGGUGCGUCACCCUGUACAUAAACAUUUCAACAUGACACUGCGCUGUGCUAGAUGCAAAUACACUACAUCAUGUAUUGUCGCGGCUAAUUGGCACUGGAGCAAAGUUCAUUGUGCACCGCCCAUACAACAGUCAUCUGAUUUUAAUGAUACUCAACCGUGGCACAAGUACAUCAACACUACCGCACAGCACGAAGCAGUCCCACCCAGCACUGUCAACGCAUCGCUUUACGAUCCAUGUUUCUCAUCAACUACUCAUACAAAGCGGUGCAGAAACGAACACGUCCCUGCAGGGUUAUUUGUAAGAGGAUAUUUAAGAUGUAACUGUGGCUUCCGUACGAUGGUCUACGACUUAAUGGCCCGUCACUUAGCAACGAAGGGAGACGGGCAUAAUCUCGCAAAGUUUGUAUACAGGCCUCGGCCGUCAUCGUUUUUAAUAGUCGCUCGUCCUGCGAGAGCGCUACGCACUUCCCUGUGGUGGCAAAAAAGAAUAGCACGAGCACCCCACUUUUUGAACUCUGUUGGACUAUCCCAAUAAAAAAUAUAGACGAACCUGGUGACUAUUUUUGCUGCAAAUUUUUUGGUUGUCUUGAUGUUGGCACUUGAGAUUGUCUUGUAAUGUUUGGUAUGCUCAGUGUACAUUCACAGUAUAUUUAGGUGCUGUUCGUGACUAUUUGGGUCACUGCCAG